AUGGCAAUCUGUAUCUGUAAUCUGUACGCUUGCAUCGGAAGCGGCCAUCGAAGAUCUGAUGAUGCAAGCCAGGAAGAUCAAGAACAAAAGUUCUUAGGAACAAACAAAAAAAGCGCCAGUAGAGGUGUUGGUGGAGUUGGCGUCCUCGUCAACACGAGUAUGGCAAAGAACAUCGACUCUUUCGAACAACUUACGACCCGAAUCGGACGUCUGCGGAUGAGAAGAUGUGGUCCAACACCAACUUUGACUAUCUCCGUCGCUUACGCCCCAACAUCAAACUACGAAGAUGUCGAAGCUUUCUAUAUAGACCUGGAGAAGAUCAUGCCUUCUACAAGACCAUCCAUUUGGGAUUCCCAGGACUAUCAUCGAUUCUUCGUUACGCUAGCCGGCCUUUGGGAAGAUUCCGCAAUGGACAUCUACGAGGAAUAUGACCGGAGACGCCUAACUCUCGAAACUCUUGAGCUGAUACGCCAGCGUGGAGAAGCACGAGCCGCAGGGAACCAAGAACUCAAGUCCGAGUUCGCAAGGCUUUGCAGAGAGGCGAUAAAGGAAGACCUAAAAGAGAGAAGAGCAGAAGUGCUGGCUGAAGCUGCAGAGGCGGGGAAAAGCAUCCGCUAUGCCCGUCGAGACUUCGCCAGUCGCAAGACGAGGAAAAUCACCUACGACAUCUACUCUGAUCUGUUCGACAGCCAUGUCCACUUGCUUCCUCACCAUCAAAGGGAAGACAGACAUGUCAUUCCAGAGGUUCUCCCGUCCGAAAUACGACAUUCUAUCAUAUCGGUAAAAAAUCGUACGGCACCCGGUCCCGACAGAAUAAGACCAGAACACCUGAAAAACCUUCUGCCAGUACUCAUCAACACCUUGGCGAAACUCUUCACACGUUAUCUGUCGGAAUGCAAGGUUCCUAAACAGUGGAAGACCAGCAAGACCGUGUUGUUGUAUAAAAAGGGAGAUCCACAUGACAUCGGCAACUAUCGUCCAAUCUGCCUACUGUCCGUCAUCUACAAGCUCUUUACAAGAGUAAUCCUUAAUAGGAUUGAAAAAGUCUUGGAUGAAGGACAGCCAUGCGAGCAAGCAGGGUUUCGAAAAGGAUUAAGCACGAUUGACCACAUUCACACCGUUUAG